AUGUCUGGUAUUUUGCAGAAGACUCUAUCCGAGGUGCAGCCCGCCCUCCGGACCACGGGGAUGGGGAUCGGGAACACGCAUCGGAGGAUCAGCUUGAAUUGGUUACCGGAUAAUAGCAAGAAUCCGCUGGUAAAGAAGUACACAAGGAAGAAGAAGAAGCGGAGAAGACGGAGAAACAGCGAACAGAGAAGUUUCAGAUCUCUGGCGGAAGAUUUCGGCAGCAGCGUCCAUGAGCCACAUGCUUUCUUGGAAGAGAUAUGCGAGGAGGAUGUGAACCCGCUGCAUGGCGAACUUAUUCCGCAAGACGGGGAGCUGAGCAGAACGAUAUCCUUGCCAUCCAAGGUCUCGGAAACACCGGAGCUCUCACCCCCAAAUAUCGACUGGAUCUUAGAAGAGCACGAGCGGAGGUACUCGUCGGUGCAUAACUCGGACAGCGAGGAUCACGAGUCACCGGAACCGUACCCCAACAGGGAAGUACGAUAUAACGAUUUCAUCAACAAGGUGCAAACACAAAAAAUGUUGUACAGAAAUGCGCCACAGCAUUCACCAAGAAGGGCUUCGCUCAUCUCAGUGACCAGCCAUGGGACCGUACCGUCCAUUUUCCAAGAGGGGCUGGACGAGGAAUCUCUUUACGAACUGGCACACGCCGAUGUCACUUUCAACUCAGAGGCGAAAGUGCUCGCUUCCUACUCGUUGCCGUUGAUGUUCACUUUUUUACUGGAAGAUAUCUUCCCACUGGUGUGCUCUUUAACCGUUGGUCACCUGGGAAAAAAUGAACUGGCAGCCGUUUCUUUGGCAUCGAUGACAUCAAACAUUACUUUGGGUUUUUUCGAAGGUAUCGCAACUAGUUUGGAUACGUUGUGUCCGCAGGCUUACGGUGCUGGCAGGUACCGUAGUGUCGGGGUCCAUUUGCAACGAUGCAUCGCAUUCUCCAUGGUGGUGUACAUUCCAUUCGCCCUUUUCUGGUACUUUUCAGAACCGAUCCUGUAUUACUUGAUCCCUGAGAAGGAGUUGAUCAAGUUGACGUCCCAAUUUUUGAGGGUGCUCAUCUUCGGUGCACCUCCAUACAUCUUCUUCGAAAACUUGAAAAGGUACUUACAAGCACAGGGGAUCUUUGACGCCGGUAUCUAUAUUCUAACGAUAUGUGCCCCCAUCAACAUUCUGAUGAGUUACACUCUUGUCUGGAACAAGUAUAUUGGGAUUGGUUUCAUCGGGUCCGCAGUGGCUGUAGUACUGAACUUUUGGUUGAUGUUCACCUUGAUGUUGCUCUACAUCAUCAAGUUCAACGGUCGGAAAUGCUGGGGUGGCUUCUCAAAGAGAGCAUUUACGCAUUGGAGAGACUUGGCUCAUUUGGCCGCAUCCGGUGUGGUAAUGCUGGAAGCAGAAGAGCUGUCUUAUGAAUUAUUGACUUUGUUCAGUGCUUACUUCGGUACUGCUUACUUGGCGGCACAAUCCGCAGUGUCUUCCAUAGCUGCUUUGAUCUAUAUGAUUCCGUUUGCAAUUGGGAUCUCUGCUUCGACUAGAAUUGCCAAUUUUAUUGGUGCAAAGAGAACAGAUUUUGCGGGUAUAGCCGCAAGGGUCGGUAUCUCAUUUUCGUUUAUUGCAGGGUUCACAAAUUGUUGUAUCCUUGUGCUGGGAAGAAAUUUUAUCGCCAAUAUAUUCUCCAAGGAUGAACAAGUGAGGUUGCUGAUCUCCCACAUCCUCCCAGUGGUGGGGAUAGUUCAGAAUUUUGAUUCAUUGAACGCAGUUUCUGGUUCUUGCCUGAGAGGCCAAGGUAUGCAACUGAUUGGCAGCAUUGUGAAUUUUGUAGGGUACUAUUUCUUUGGUAUCCCACUGGCAAUGGCGUUGAGUUGGUUCUUGGAUUGGAAGCUGUACGGGUUGUGGAUUGGUAUCGGUUGCGGGAUGCUCACAAUCGGCACUUUGGAAGCGUAUUUUGUGCUACAUCCCAAUUGGGAGAAGAUUUUACACCACGCAGACUUGAGAAGAGCUGCCGACGAGGCCGAUGUUUCGGAUGAUGAGGGAUACGUAUCCUCCUCCUCAUCGUCAUCUGGUUCGGAAUCCGACGAGGGAGAACCUACGGAACGUUCACCCUUAUUACCAACUUAG